UAGUUUUCUCACAACUUUUCAUAAUGACUACUCAAGCAACACAAUUUCUAACAAUUGUGACAUUGCUUUUUGUGUUUGUUAUCAAAAUAAAGGGAGAUUCAAUUUCCUCAAUUCCGAGUGAUGAAAUAAACAAAAAUUCCACCAACACCAGUGUUGUUGUUGAAGCAGAUAGAGUAGAUCAAGUAUCACCUAAUUGUGGUGCAACACCAUGGAUAUGUAGUACAGGAGAAUUUCCACCAAGAGCUUUAUGUUGCAGAAAUCGUUGUGUUGAUGUAACAAAUGAUUUAAACAAUUGUGGGUUUUGUGGAGUUAUUUGUCCAUUGAUCGGUAAUUGGAAAUGUUGUAACGGUGUGUGUACAAACAUAAAUUUUAACCCUUUUAGUUGUGGUGAUUGUGGAAGAACAUGUCCUUUUGGGUUUCCAUGCAUAUUCGGUAGGUGUCCUUUCGAACCUGUAGCUCCGCCACCACUUCGUCCUAUUGAACCUAUAACUCCUCCACCACUUCGUCCUAUUGAACCUGUAACUCCUCCACCACUUCGUCCUAUUGAACCUGUAGCUCCGCCACCACUUCUCUCCCCUGGGUUACCGGAACAAAAUUCACCAAAUAUCCCCAAUUAUCAACAUAAACGUCCACAUCCAAUAAUGCCAACGGAGUAAUUUUUUAUAUUAUGUCUUAAGAAUAUUAUUAUCAA